AUGUCUUGCUACGACCUGUGCCCCCCCAGCAGCAGCAUCGCCUGCCCCCAGCCCAUCGCCAACAGCUGCAACGAGCCGUGUGUCCGCCAGUGCCCCGACUCCACGGCCGUCAUCCAACCACCCCCCGUGGUCGUCACCUUCCCCGGCCCCAUCCUCAGCUCCUUCCCCCAGCAAGCUGUGGUGGGCUCCUCCGGAGCCCCCGCCUUUGGGGGCUCCCUGGGGCUGGGGGGAUACAAUGUUCAAUCUGGUCAUUGCUCAGCAAUACUUAAACUCCAGACAACUCAAACAGCUAAAACUCAUUCCUCCUUGCAGCCACCAGCUUUUCAGCCCAGGAGGAAAGAGGAAUAA